AUGUUCUCAUUGUCGGACUUGCGAUCCUCUUUUACCGCCCCGAAGCGUUCAUCGCGGACGUACACGACCAUCGAGGCCACUGCUUUGCACGAGUCCGUUCCUCCGGACCGCUGGUGCAUCACGCGUUCGGACCUAAAGUACCUUGGACAAGAGGUGCGGAAGGCGAUCCAAAGUGGGGAAAUUCGUCCACCGGAUGAUGGAAGCGACGAUUUCCAGGCCUCUGACACGAGGUAUGGCCCAAGCAUCUACACAGUAAACAAGCAGCACAUCAUGCCAGUGACGGAGCGGUUUGGCAAAGUGAGCUGGGCUUUGCUGCAACACCCAGAUGGUUUGGAUUGUGACCUUUUCAUCAGCCAUGCCUGGCAGGAGGGUGUGUUCGAGUUCCUCUCGAAGGUCUUGCAUUCUUGGCCUGCAGAUGCACGACAUGCCUGGUGCUGCAUGCUGGCCAAUCCUCAGAAUUUGGACAUCGGUUCCCUGCUGCAGUCUCCAAUCAGCUCACCGUUUGCACUGGCACUCAAAGCCUCGACAUAUGUUCUUGUUGUGCCGAAUCACCACUGCAGCAUCUACACCAGGCUUUGGUGUGGGUACGAAGCCUUUCGCGCUCACGAGGAAGGCAAGACAAUCUUCGUCGCCCGUGCACCAACGGGCAAGAAGAAGAUGGUUGUCGUUCUGUGGACGACCCUGGCAGGACUGUUGGGUUUCUUGCUGGGAAUCUUCUCCUGGCACCUCCAUGGGUUGUACCUAUGUGUGAUGACGGCUGCCGCCUUCGGCAGCGUCUGUAUGGAACAUCAGGCCUGCCGAAGGAUCUUGAACUUGACAGGUGCAUUUAUGUGCGGCACCCUUCUCUACCGCUGGAAGGUGAUCGUUCCCUUGCAUGGCCUGACCCGCCAUCUGGCUCUGAUUCCCGACGCAGCGCAGCAUCUUCUCCUUGUCUCCGGCAUCUUGUUCUUCAAUUUACUCGAGGUCGACCGUAUCAUUGGACAAAGCCAGAUAGACGAGGCCAAGCAGCUCAGUCAUGGCUAUCAAGGCAGCAUUGAAGAUGCCACGUGCUCCGAAGCAGCCGACACCAUGCGGAUUUUUCAGGAGAUUGGCGAGAGGACCGGCGAUGUAGACUACGCCAUCCAUGUGCUGCUGGGUGCUGGGAUGUCAACGCCGACACUUCGAACAGUCGCCCGUGCAGGGGUGGACAUCUCUGGUGCGGGCUACACCGAAAUGGCCUUUCCCUGUCUGGACCUGGGGCCAUUUCUUAUUCACAGCGUGUCACUGGUGCUGACGAGUGUGCCUGUAUACCGUCUUCAGCAAUGCUAUCGUUGGAUUCCUUGCUUGUUGUCCACUUGCGCUCGCCUUAUCCUGCUCAUCAGUCUCUGGCGCAGUGCCAACGAUGAGAGAUGCUUCAUUCUGAAGAUGAUGGCGAAGAUGAUUGCGAUGUAUGUGGGCCUCACCUUUCCUUUGGUGGUGAUAUUUCAAAUAGCUUCGUCUCGGAAUGAGUGGAGUUUCUUCGGAAUUACGGUGUUCAUCAUGAUUGUGCACAGCAUCAUGGUGGGGUCCGCUUGUCUGGGCAUGCAACGACUGGCGACACUUCCGCUUGCAGGGCCCUGCAUGCUGCAGCUGUUCUUGGGCCGCGGCCGCUGUAGUGUCGCCAGCACCAGCACCGGGGUCGCAUGGGACUAG